AUAAAAAGCCACUCGGGCAGUGGCUGUUCUGGUGUCGGGGGCGGGGCUCCUCCAAGCUUAAGAUGGACUGGGACAGCUGAUGGACAAAUGUCUCUGUCGGCGAAGGGCAACAAAAAGCUCGAAGAAAUGGACUCGGACAAGAUGUUUCAUCCCAGCCUAUCUGCGGCCCUGAUGAAGUUGGACCCCGAAGACGGCGGCAAGAUGAUGGAAUACUUCCAAACGCACGCCUUGCUGGCCAGAGAGAAAACUCUCCUGCAGGCGUCCGUGCGUGAGCAGAAGAAACUGCUGGUGGAAAAUGGCAAACUGAAGAAGGACAUUGAGGAGCUGAGGCACGAGCUCCACGACAAACAGAGGAGACGCGUGGCUAAGGUCCUCCUCUCACCCAGCAAGACGCUCAAUUCGCCUGCUCCACCGGCCGCCGCAUCGCAGACCCCCUCGCUCGACCUGGACGGGGGACGCAAGGUGACUCGCAGGCAAAGAGGAGACAAGAAAGCUGCUCCUCUAACGCCGUCGCCCACAGUUGACGUGUCCCGCCUGGACCUGAGAGUCGGACGCGUCCUCAGCGUUCGCCGCCACCCGCAAGCAGCCAAUCUGACGGUUCAAGACGUCGACGUAGGGGAGAAAGCCCCCCGCUCGGUCGUCAGCAAGCGUCGCCCGGACGACCAACAGCCGCUCGUCGGCUCGCUCGCCGUCUUGCUGUGCAACGUGAAGGGCUGCAAAGUGAAGGGCGUGGCUUCGCACGCCCGACUCCUGCGUUGCUUUCAGCCUGACGGCCCGGUUGAGCUGCUGGCCCCGCCCACUGGUUCCAAGCCCGGAGACAGAGUCACUUUCCUCAACCAUCCCGCAGGUGAACCUGACCGGGAGCUGAAGGCCAAGCAGCGGGUGUGGGAUCGUGUCCAGGCCGGCCUCCGGGUGGACGCCCAGGGUGUGGCCACCUACGACGGCUGCGGCUUCCAGGUGGAGGGGAAGGGCCUGUGCAGGGCGCCGUCGCUUACCAACGGCACCAUCCGAAGCACAUAGACACACGUGACCGACGCCGUUUGAUGACAUCGUUACGCUUUCUCGUCCUUACUCGUGUGACUUGUGUCCAGUCCGUGGUCUAUUUCGCUGAAAAGCUGAUUUUGGAGGAUAUGCUGGGUGUGAUUGUUUGAUUGUAUUUACAUUUGUUUGAUUAUCUAUAUGUUGGUCUAUAUUAAGUAAUGUGAGCUAUAAAAAGAAUGUGAGCUACACUUCUAAA